CAAUACAGAAGCCUUAGUCGCGACCGUGACGAAAUUCGGCUUGUUGUUGUUCAUUCUGGCGAAGGACAGCAUCCUGUCUACUACCACAUCAUCACAGCUGAGCUCGAUUCUGUACUCCAAUAUAUCGCCGUGUCAUAUACUUGGGCUACAGAAGAUGGAGACUGUAGCAAGUCACGGGAAAUAUAUGUGAAGAUGGAAAGUACGGUUGGUCAGGUUACGAGACGAGUACAGGUCACUGCUAACUGUGAAAACACACUCCGACAGUUACGAGAUAAGUGCCUAGAGCGGAUCAUGUGGAUUGAUAGCGUGUGUAUCGACCAAUCGGAUAUCUAUGAGCGCAAUCACCAAGUUGGACUCAUGGAGAAAAUCUACCAGAAUGCCGUCCAUGUUGAGGUUUGCAUACAAUAUUUACGU